CCGUAUCCGGCGUGGCAAGGCACGGCACGUCUCGUCCUGAACUCCUCCUGAUCUGCUCGCACGCACGGCGCGACGGUUGCAGCUACGGCACUUCGCCACAACUGUGAGAGGGAGAGACACUGUGAGAGAGAGCGCGAGAUGGAGGAUUCGGUGGGCGAGGAGGAGAGGAGGGAGCAGCAGCAGGAGGAGACCAUGUCCAUGGCGCAGGGGAAAGAGCGUGGCGGAGAGGAAGACGCCGGUGGUGGUGGGGAGAGUGGGUUCCUGACCACCAUGGCGUCCAAGAUCGGCGCGGCCGUGUCCGGCGCUGACGGGAGCGGCGGCGCCGAGGAGGAGGGUGGAGAAGGCGAUGGCGACGUGAAUGUGGGAGGCGGUGUGGAGACGGAUGGGGACGGUGGGUUUCUGACCACCAUGGCAUCCAAGAUCGGCGCGGCCAUGUCCGGCGGUAAUGGGAACGGCCGUGCUGAGGAGGAGGAGGGCGGUGAACACAAUGGCGAUGAGAAUGUGGUUGCUGCUUCUGGUGGUGGCGAGGAGGAAAGGAAAAGGAAGAGAGAUGGCAAUGGCGGCGGCGGCAUCUUCAGCAAGCUCAUGUCCGGCUCGCCGGACUCCUUGCCGGCCUCGGCUGACCAUAUCAAAAUUCGUCUGGGGACAGUGGAGGCAGAGGAAAAUGAAAGAGAAGGAUGCGACCAGGGAGGCGAGAAGGCUGGGAUUCUGAGCACCGUCGCUUCCAAGAUUGGCAUCGCCAUGUCCGGUGCUGAUGGCCGCGAGAACCACGGCAACGAGGACGAUGCUAAGAUCAGAAAUGGCAACGCUGCUGACCAUGGCAAGGCUGAAGAGAAAAGGGAUGAGCCGAAUGGCGGUGGAAUAGUGAAGCAGAUCAUGUCAAACCUCCCUGCAGAUGAUCAGGCGCCGGAUGCUGAAGAGGCGUCCCUGCUCAUCGCUAUUAUCGACGACUAGCCAGCUCGUCGACCAGAAAGCUGAUGUAGUUCUAGAUUCUGGCGUUUGUUUUAGUAAUCCUAGAUUCUCUCUUCAUGUGGAUACAUCGUAGUAGUACAUGUAAACACCAGAGAGACAUUGGUUAUAUAUAGACUGGACGCCGUUUCUUGACAAGUGUCUGUAAUCACAUUUGUCUGUAAGAAGGGAUUUAUAUUUUUGGAGUUUCAUUGUUGUGCUUUUAUACUUGGGAAUGAAAGAGCAUUGUUUACUUAUUUGGCA